UGACAAUCUGCCUUCCACUAUCGAAACGAUAUCACCCAUUAGUGGAAAGAAAAUAAUCAUAUCAAUCAGUGGUUCAUAUUUAGUGAAUAGGAUUCAAGUUUUUCACACCGUAAAAUGUCGUCUUCUGCAUUUAAUAUUGAUGGAGGAUAUUUGGAAGGCUUGUGCCGUGGAUUUAAAUGUGGAAUUUUGAAGCAAUCUGAUUAUUUGAAUUUGGUUCAAUGUGAAACUCUUGAAGAUUUGAAGCUUCAUUUGCAAGGAACUGAUUACGGACAAUUUUUGGCCAACGAACCAUCUCCAUUGUCUGUAUCGGUCAUUGACGAUAAACUCCGUGAAAAAUUGGUGAUUGAGUUCCAGCAUUUGCGAAACCAUGCCGUUGAACCGCUAUCAACAUUCUUGGAUUUUAUCACAUACAGUUAUAUGAUUGAUAAUAUUAUUCUGUUAAUCACUGGAACAUUGCAUCAACGUCCAAUUUCGGAAUUAAUUCCAAAAUGCCAUCCAUUGGGCAGCUUUGAACAAAUGGAAGCAAUUCAUGUUGCCGCCAAUCCAGCUGAAUUGUACAAUGCCGUUUUGGUUGACACACCAUUGGCACCAUUCUUUGUUGAUUGCAUUUCCGAACAGGAUUUGGACGAAAUGAACAUUGAAAUUAUUCGUAACACCUUGUACAAGGCCUACUUGGAGGCAUUCUAUGAAUUUUGCAAAGGCAUCGGAGGCACCACAGCCGAUGUUAUGUGCGAAAUUUUGGCUUUUGAAGCUGAUCGUCGUGCCAUCAUUAUUACCAUCAAUUCGUUUGGAACGGAAUUGUCGAAAGAUGAUCGCGCCAAAUUGUAUCCACGUUGUGGAAAAAUGAAUCCAGAUGGUUUGGCUGCAUUGGCACGCGCCGAUGAUUACGAACAAGUUAAGGCCGUUGCCGAAUACUAUGCUGAAUAUGCAGCAUUAUUUGAUGGCUCUGGAAAUAAUCCCGGUGACAAAACCUUGGAAGAUAAAUUCUUUGAACAUGAGGUUAAAUUGAAUGUAUUUGGAUUCAUUCAACAAUUUCACUUUGGAGUAUUUUAUGCUUAUUUAAAACUGAAAGAACAAGAAUGUCGUAACAUUGUCUGGAUAUCAGAAUGUGUUGCUCAGAAACAUCGCGCCAAAAUCGACAACUAUAUUCCAAUUUUUUAAAUUACAUCGUUGCAAUACAUAUAUGAUGGUGGUGAGAUAUCUUCACCACCUCCACAGAAAAACAAAACAAAUUUGAAUCAUCUGAUGAGCAUACAACAUUCGUUUGAGAUGAAUCGGAAUGAUUUUUUAUUGUUUUUUUUUUAGUUUAAUGGAAUUUUCGUGGAUAACACAUGCAAACGACAUUCCUAAUUCAUAAAGUUUUAAACAAAAAAAAAUAUUCACAACCUUUUUGGCAAAGUAUUAUUUUAGUUGCAGCCAGUUAUAUAUUCAUAUUCACUACUGAUAUAUAUUGAUAUCUUUAGUUUCUUUUGUUCUUCAGUGUUUGUUACUAUAUUUCUCCCUAUAUUGAAUUAGAGCACAAAUAUGUGAACCUCUUGUAUCACUUUC